AUGGGACUGGCCGGCGUCGGCGACGGUGUGGCUUCUGUGCUCGGGUUGUUCGGUGUCGGCGUGGCUGGUAUGCUCGGGCUGUUCGGUGCCGCCGUGGCUUUUGGGUUGGGCGUCGGCGUGGCUUCACCACUCAGGCUGGGCGUUGACGUUGGGGUCGGCGUGGUGGUCGAAGCGCUCGCCGCCGCCCGGGACCGCCUCGCCGGGGACUUUUCCCCGCCGUCCCUACGCCCCGUCACCGCCGGCGCCUCCUCGUCUCCUCCCCACGCCGGACUCCUCUGCGCCCCUUCUCUCCCUCGCACGGCUCCCGCCAGAGCCGUGGCCGUCGCCCGUCCGCGCGCCGCCGUCGAUCUGGAACUGGGACUCGGCCCCGAGGCCACCGCCGCGCGGAGCUCGCUGUCGUCCGCCCCGGCCUCUCCCUCGCCGGACCGCGUCGUCCCCGCCUCUCCUUCGUCGGUCCUUCCCGCGCCUCGCCGCCUCUUCUCUUCAACGGGGGUGAGCUCCCCGUCCGUCUUCCCCCCUCCGUCCCAACGCCGUGGCCGCGCUCGGUCCCCGCAGACCCGCGCACCAUCCCUGUGCGUGCUCACCGCCGCCGCUCCCGUCGGGCCCCCGCCUCCGCCCGUGCCCCGCCCGGCCGUGUUACCUGCCGCUGGCCCCGCCCGCGACGGCUCCAGCCGCCGCUGCUCUCGUAGCUUCCCGGAGCCCCUCCGCCGUGGUUCACCGGAGCCGUUCCACCGUGGCCGUAGGCCACGUUCGCCAACCGCCGGCGCCCCGCCUCUGGGUGUGCUCGUGCGUGAGCAGCACGUGCCACCGACACGCGGGCCCCAGCAGAUUAGAUUAGGAACUAAUCUAAUUAGCCAAACUAGCUAA